AUGUAUAGGGUCUGGUCAAAGGUAGGGCACUACAUAGGGAAUAGGGUGCUGUUUGGGAUGUAUAGGGUCUGGUCAAAAGUAGUGCACUACACAGGGAAUAGGGUGCUGUUUGGGAUGUAUAGGGUCUGGUCAAAGGUAGGGCACUACAUAGGGAAUAGGGUGCUGUUUGGGAUGUAUAGGGUCUGGUCAAAGGUAGGGCACUACAUAGGGAAUAGAGUGCUGUUUGGGAUGUAUAGGGUCUGGUCAAAGGUAGUGCACUACAUAGGGAAUAGGGUGCUGUUUGGGAUGUAUAGGGUCUGGUCAAAGGUAGUGCACUACAUAGGGAAUAGGGUGCUGUUUGGGAUGUAUAGGGUCUGGUCAAAGGUAGGGCACUACAUAGGGAAUAGGGUGCUGUUUGGGAUGUAUAGGGUCUGGUCAAAGGUAGGGCACUACAUAGGGAAUAGGGUGCUGUUUGGGAUGUAUAGGGUCUGGUCAAAGGUAGUGCACUACAUAGGGAAUAGGGUGCUGUUUGGGAUGUAUAGGGUCUGGUCAAAGGUAGUGCACUACAUAGGGAAUAGGGUGCUGUUUGGGAUGUAUAGGGUCUGGUCAAAGGUAGGGCACUACAUAGGGAAUAGGGUGCUGUUUGGGAUGUAUAGGGUCUGGUCAAAAGUAGUGCACUACAUAGGGAAUAGGGUGCUGUUUGGGAUGUAUAGGGUCUGGUCAAAGGUAGGGCACUACAUAGGGAAUAGGGUGCUGUUUGGGAUGUAUAGGGUCUGGUCAAAAGUAGUGCACUACAUAGGGAAUAGGGUGCUGUUUGGGAUGUAUAGGGUCUGGUCAAAGGUAGUGCACUACAUAGGGAAUAGGGUGCUGUUUGGGAUGUAUAGGGUCUGGUCAAAGGUAGUGCACUACAUAGGGAAUAGGGUGCUAUUUGGGAUGUAUAGGGUCUGGUCAAAGAUAGGGCACUACAUAGGGAAUAGGGUGCUGUUUGGGAUGUAUAGGGUCUGGUCAAAGGUAGGGCACUACAUAGGGAAUAGGGUGCUGUUUGGGAUGUAUAGGGUCUGGUCAAAAGUAGAGCACUACAUAGGGAAUAGGGUGCUGUUUGGGAUGUAUAGGGUCUGGUCAAAGAUAGGGCACUACAUAGGGAAUAGGGUGCUGUUUGGGAUGUAUAGGGUCUGGUCAAAGGUAGGGCACUACAUAGGGAAUAGGGUGCUGUUUGGGAUGUAUAGGGUCUGAUCAAAGGUAGUGCACUACAUAGGGAAUAGGGUGCUGUUUGGGACGUAUAGGGUCUGGUCAAAGGUAGGGCACUACAUAGGGAAUAGGGUGCUGUUUGGAACGUAUAGGGUCUGGUCAAAGGUAGUGCACUACAUAGGGAAUAGGGUGCUGUUUGGGACGUAUAGGGUCUGGUCAAAGGUAGUGCACUACAUAGGGAAUAUGGUGCUGUUUGGGAUAAAGCCACAGUCGCAAGAUAAAAUGGAAGAGUAUAUAUAUUUGUGCAAUUAUAUUUACUAUUAAUACUGAUCAAUUACUGUUUGCAAACCAAGUUUCAUCAGUGACGUUUUUCAACCUCCUCACUAGUAAAAUGAAGAGGAAAUACUAGACCUCGAUUCAAUCCGUAUCGCUGAAGUUCAGCGCUAUAAAGAGAUUGUAAUUUCUGAUUGAGCGGCUCUGUAGUGCGGCUCUUCAGCGCUACGGAUUGAAUCGAGCCCGUAAAUGUUUGAUUACUCGCCAAGGAUUAGUAAAUGAGUUGUUUUAUUAAUAUGUGUGCUGUUGCUUGUCAGUACGAUAAUAGAUCACUCAUAACGGAAUACCGGUGUAUUCUAGAACAAUACCGGUGUAUUCUAGAACAAUACCGGUGUAUUCUAGAACAAUACCGGUGUAUUCUAGAACAAUACCAUAGUAUUCUAGAAGCAUGCUUCGUCAUUUUAUUGACUGUAUCAAUCUGUUAGCAUCCAACAAACAAUGAUCUUUUACAACCAUAUCUAGAGUUACACAAUUCCAGUCAUUUUCCCCCAAAAUUCCAUGCAGGUUUUCCAGACAUCCUGGUUGUAAGAGUCCUUGAAUGAGGAGGGAAUAGGCAGGAAAUCCAGGGAAUCUUUCAACUGGGAUUACUAGAAAGUUUGCAUGGAAAUUUGGUAAUUUUAGAACCCUAUAAAUCAUAUCAUACUCUAACAUCUGGUUAAUGGGAAGGAUGAGGAAUCUGGUUAAUGGGAAGGACUGGAUGAGGACUCUGGUUAAUGGGAAGGACUGGAUGAAGACUCUGGUUAAUGGGAAGGACUGGAUGAAGACUCUGGUUAAUGGGAAGGAUGAGUACUCUGGUUAAUGGGAAGGACUGGAUGAGGACUCUGGUUAAUGGGAAGGACUGGAUGAAGACUCUGGUUAAUGGGAAGGAUGAGUACUCUGGUUAAUGGGAAGGACUGGAUGAAGACUCUGGUUAAUGGGAAGGACUGGAUGAAGACUCUGGUUAAUGGGAAGGACUGGAUGAGGACUCUGGUUAAUGGGAAGGAUGAGUACUCUGGUUAAUGGGAAGGACUGGAUGAGGACUCUGGUUAAUGGGAAGGAUGAGGAAUCUGGUUAAUGGGAAGGACUGGAUGAGGACUCUGGUUAAUGGGAAGGAUGAAGACUCUGGUUAAUGGGAAGGAUGAGGAAUCUGGUUAAUGGGAAGGACUGGAUGAGGACUCUGGUUAAUGGGAAGGACUGGAUGAAGACUCUGGUUAAUGGGACGGACUGGAUGAGGACUCUGGUUAAUGGGAAGGAUGAGGACUCUGGUUAAUGGGAAGGACUGGAUGAAGACUCUGGUUAAUGGGAAGGACUGGAUGAAGACUCUGGUUAAUGGGAAGGAUGAGUACUCUGGUUAAUGGGAAGGACUGGAUGAGGACUCUGGUUAAUGGGAAGGACUGGAUGAGGACUCUGGUUAAUGGGAAGGACUGGAUGAAGACUCUGGUUAAUGGGAAGGAUGAGUACUCUGGUUAAUGGGAAGGAUGAGGACUCUGGUUAAUGGAAAGGAUGAGGACUCUGGUUAAUGGGAAGGACUGGAUGAAGACUCUGGUUAAUGGGAAAGAUGAGGACUCUGGUUAAUGGGAAGGAUGAGGACUCUGGUUAAUGGGAAGGAUGAGGACUCUGGUUAAUGGGAAGGACUGGAUGAGGACUCUGGUUAAUGGGAAGGACUGGAUGAAGACUCUGGUUAAUGGGAAGGACUGGAUGAAGACUCUGGUUAAUGGGAAGGACUGGAUGAGGACUCUGGUUAAUGGGAAGGAUGAGUACUCUGGUUAAUGGGAAGGAUGAGUACUCUGGUUAAUGGGAAGGAUGAGGACUCUGGUUAAUGGGAAGGAUGAAGACUCUGGUUAAUGGGAAGGACUGGAUGAAGACUCUGGUUAAUGGGAAGGAUGAGGACUCUGGUUAAUGGGAAGGAUGAGGACUCUGGUUAAUGGGAAGGAUGAGGACUCUGGUUAAUGGGAAGGAUGAGGACUCUGGUUAAUGGGAAGGAUGAAGACUCUGUUUAAUGGGAAGGAUGAGGACUCUGGUUAAUGGGAAGGACUGGAUGAGGACUCUGGUUAAUGGGAAGGAUGAGGACUCUGGUUAAUGGGAAGGACUGGAUGAGGACUCUGGUUAUGGGAAGGAUGAGGACUCUGGUUAAUGGGAAGGACUGGAUGAGGAAUCUGGUUAAUGGGAAGGACUGGAUGAGGACUCUAGUUAAUGGGAAGGACUGGAUGAGGACUCUGGUUAAUGGGAAGGACUGGAUGAGGACUCUGGUUAAUGGGAAGGACUGGAUGAGGACUCUGGUUAAUGGGAAGGACUGGAUGAGGACUCUGGUUAAUGGGAAGGACUGGAUGAGGAAUCUGGUUAAUGGGAAGGACUGGAUGAGGACUCUGGUUAAUGGGACAGACUGGAUGAGGACUCUGGUUAAUGGGACAGACUGGAUGAGGAAUCUGGUUAAUGGGAAGGACUGGAUGAAGACUCUGGUUAAUGGGAAGGACUGGAUGAGGACUCUGGUUAAUGGGACGGAUGAGGACUCUGGUUAAUGGGACGGACUGGAUGAGGACUCGGGUUAAUGGGAAGGACUGGAUGAGGACUCGGGUUAAUGGGACGGACUGGAUGAGGACUCUGGUUAAUGGGACAGACUGGAUGAGGACUCUGGUUAAUGGGACAGACUGGAUGAGGACUCUGGUUAAUGGGACGGACUGGAUGAGGACUCUGGGGUAGUGUACCAAAUGGAACCCUGUUUCCCAGAGCCCUACGGGCCUUCAAAGUAGUACACUACAUUGGGAAUAGGGCUCUGGUCUAAAGUAGUGCACUAUAUAGGGAAUAGGGUGCUAUUUAGAAUGCCGACUGUCACACAAGAGGCCCCUCCACAUUUCCAACGCUACAGGAAGUAUUGAGAACAAUACUGAAGACCAUCUCUCGUCACGACGUGAAUCAUUUGUGUUUCUGUUAUUAUUUGUUAUUUGAGGUUAUUUAUUUACGGCGUUUAUAAUGCUAUUUAUUUAUUUAUUUAUUUAUUUAAUGUAUUAACAUAUUUAUGUUUUCAUGUAACUCAUGGGAGCGCUUAAGAGUCUAUUGUACACGUUGUAUUUUCAUUUCACAGCCUACUUUUUUAAAAAGCAUUAUCAGGCCUUUUCCGUGACCCGUCUUUCAUCUGCGAUGUGACGGACCGCGUUUGGACAGACUGUUUUACGAUUGCCUUUCUUCGACGAUCGUUUGUUUUUCCGAGAAAAGAUUGUACGGAACGAAUGAAUGAACAGACUUGUUUGAAAGGUUUUUCUCCUGGGACGUUCAUCUCAUCGACACACAGCCUUACAUUCAUUCCUAUUGCCAUUUCACACGCAUGUUAUUUUGACGUCAUUUUAUAAUUGUUGUAACGAUAUAGAUAGGUAACUUUAGUUUGUAGGUUCUACUCUAUGUCUGCCUCUUAAAUGGCAACCUAUCCCCUACGUAGUGCACUACUUUAGAUCAGAACCCUAUGUGAAAAGUAGUGCACUACUUUAGAUCAGAACCCUAUGUGAAAAGUAGUGCACUACUUUAGAUCAGAGCCCUAUGUGAUAAGUAGUGCACUACUUUAGAUCAGAACCCUAUGUAAUAAGUAGUGCACUACUUUAAAUCAGAGACCUAUGUGAAAAAUAGUGCACUACAUUAGAUCAGAACCCUAUGUGAAAAGUAGUGCACUACUUUAGAUCAGAACCCUAUGUGAAAAGUAGUGCACUACUUUAGAUCAGAACCCUAUGUGAUAAGUAGUGCACUACUUUAGAUCAGAACCCUAUGUAAUAAGUAGUGCACUACUUUAAAUCAGAGACCUAUGUGAAAAAUAGUGCACUACAUUAGAUCAGAACCCUAUGUGAAAAGUAGUGCACUACUUUAGAUCAGAGCCCUAUGUGAAAAGUAGUGCACUACUUUAGAUCAGAACCCUAUGUGAUAAGUAGUGCACUACUUUAGAUCAGAGCCCUAUGUGAUAAGUAGUGCACUACUUUAGAUCAGAACCCUAUGUGAAAAGUAGUGCACUACUUUAGAUCAGAACCCUAUGUGAUAAGUAGUGCACUACUUUAGAUCAGAACCCUAUGUAAUAAGUAGUGCACUACUUUAAAUCAGAGACCUAUGUGAAAAAUAGUGCACUACAUUAGAUCAGAACCCUAUGUGAAAAGUAGUGCACUACUUUAGAUCAGAGCCCUAUGUGAAAAGUAGUGCACUACUUUAGAUCAGAGCCCUAUGUGAAAAGUAGUGCACUACUUUAGAUCAGAACCCUAUGUGAAAAGUAGUGCACUACUUUAGAUCAGAGCCCUAUGUGAAAAGUAGUACACUACUUUAGAUCAGAACCCUAUGUGAUAAGUAGUGCACUACUUUAGAUCAGAGCCCUAUGUGAAAAGUAGUGCACUACUUUAGAUCAGAACCCUAUGUGAUAAGUAGUGCACUACUUUAGAUCAGAGCCCUAUGUGAUAAGUAGUGCACUACUUUAGAUCAGAACCCUAUGUGAAAAGUAGUGACCUAUAGGGAAUAGGGUGCCAUUUGGGAUGUGACCUAUAUAAUGGUUAAAGUCACCGUUCUUUAAUCCUGGUCCCUGGGACCCACAAGGUGUGCAGGGAUUGGUUCCAACCCAGCACUAACACAACUGUCAACAGCUAUAGUCAAAGUCUAGAUGAUUCGUUUAUUUUUUACCUUAAUUUAACUGGGCAAGUCAGUUAAGAACAAAUUCUUAUUUACAAUAACGCUCUACCCCGACCAAACCCGGACGACGCUGGGCCAAUUGUGCGUCGCCCUAUGGGACUCCUAAUCACGGCCGGGUUGUGAUACAGCCUGGAAUCAAACCAGGUUCUGUAGUGACACCUCUAGCACUGAGAUGCAGUGCCUUAGACCGCUGCGCCACUCGGGAACCCCUCAUUAGCUGUAUCUAGUUUGUUAACAUCUAUAGUCAAAGUCUGGAUGAUUGUUUCAUUAGCCGUAUCUAGUUUGUUUGUUAGUGCUGGGAUGGCACUAAAACCUGCACAGGUCUGGGGUCGUCGAACACUGAUGACAUCACUUCCUUGUUGACCUUCAAGUGUUGUUUCCUGGUACUAAAACAUGACCCAUUAAUAAAGCAUUGAUUCAAUA